AUGAGAGUGGAUGUUGUUAAUACCAACUUGGAGUUUGGUAUUUCCCUUUACAAGGAGCUGGUUGCUGGAAAUCCACAGGAAAAUGUAUUCUUUUCACCCGUCAGUCUCAUGUUUGCUCUUGGCCUCACUCUACUUGGCUCUAGAGGCCAUCUGCUCAGUUUUGGCCAACAAUAUAAACAUACAAAUGACAUAUCAUUUUUUCAAAUAAAUUGCUAUACUUGUUAUCAAUUGAAAUCGGUGAUGAAAAUUGGGAUCAUGAUGAGUGCUGACGUGCACCAAGGCUUGCUUGAGAUGAAAUCUUUUUUGGAAAAUACGAAGAGCCCACAAGAGAUUCACAUUGCAAAUCGACUGUUCUUUGAACAGUCUGAACUCUGGUUGAAAGUUUUAUUGACGGUUGUCAGAAAUACUACGGAAGUCGUCCGAAUUAUAAAUGGUGCACCGGCCAGUGUGGCAAAAAUAAACCGGUUAGGGUUAUCGAUUCUUGUUAACGCUAUUUAUUUUGAAGGAAAGUGGAAAACAAAAUUUGAGAGAACAGAGAGUGGAGAAUUCAAAAUAAAUCCAGAUCAGAUUUUGGAACUGCCCUAUGAGAACCAAUCGAUGAGUUUUGUUAUACUUUUACCAAAUUUGAAUGAAACAACUUUGGAAAACGUCGAAAAAAUAUUGGAAAGCGGCGUACUAUUGGAAAUCAACGAAAGAUUGACUGAAACUAAAUUGAAAAUUCGCUUAACAAAGUUCUCACUGACAAACGAACCAAAAGUGAUGGAGAAGUUGCAAAAGUUAGGCCUCACCGACCUGUUCAUAGAAGGAAAAGCAGAUUUAUACAACAUGAACAUGAAGAACGACUUGUACGUUUCCAAGCUGGUGCACAAAGCUUUCAUUGAAGUCAACGAAGGAGGAACGGUGGCUGCAGCUGCUACUGGCGGUCAGCCAAGAGCAAGAUCCGCCAUCGAGUACGUGUCUUUCAACGCCGAUUAUCCGUUCAUCUUCCUCAUCAAGGACAACAACUUUCAAACAGUCUUCUUCAUGGGAAAGUUUGUUAAACCGUGA